AUGCUCACCGGACUGGAUAAACUCUUUCUGGGCCUGGCGAUAGCAGAAUUCAUCAUCGGAAUGCUGGGGAAUGUGUUCAUUGGAGUGGUAUACUGCUCCCAGUGGGUCAAGAACCAAAAGAUCUCCUUGGCUGACUUCAUCCUCACCUGCCUGGUUAUCUCCAGAAUCAUUCAGCUUUUGGUGUCACUGUGUGAUUCAUGUGUAGUUAAACUAGCCUCACCUUUACAUGCCACUUACAAGCUAGUAAAAUCUGUUAUUAUCCUUUGGAGAAUAAGUAACCACUUGACUACUUGGUUUGCCACCUGCCUAAGCACAGUCUACUUCCUUAAGAUUGCCCAUUUCUCCCACCCUCUUUUCCUCUGGCUGAGGUGGAGAAUGAACAGAGUGGUUUUUAUGCUUCUUCUGCUUUCUUUAUUCUUGCUGAUUUUAGAUAUUGUAACGCUAGAACGAUUUUUUGAUCUCUGGAUAAAUAUCUAUCGAAUAGAUAAAAGUAAUCUAACUUUCUACUUACGUGAAACUGAAACUUUCUAUACUAAAGACAUAACUCUGCUUAGAGUGACCUAUUUUGUCCCCAUUGUUCUGUCUCUGACCUUCUUGCUCCUUCUGUUUCUGUCCUUGGUGAGACACACUAGAAAUCUGAAGCUCCACUCCACUGGCCAUGGAGACUCCAGCACAGAGGCUCAUAAGCGGGCAAUGAAAAUGGUCAUGUCUUUCUUCUUCCUUUUGAUAGUACAUUAUUUUUCCACACAAGCAGGACUGUGGGUAUUUUCUACAUAUUGGAAUGAAAAGUACAUAAAGUUUGUUGUAUUAACACUUAGCGCUUUUCCCACGGGCCACUCCUUUAUUAUGAUUCUAGCAAACCGCAAUCUGCGACAGACAGUCUUGGUGGUGCUGGGCCGUGUUAAGGGCCACUUGAAAAGAUCAAACCGUCUAGUUUUAUAG